AUGACUGAGGUCAAGAGCUAUGUUGAGCAACUGUGUCCGGAAGGUAUCUUCCCAAUACCCAAGUUCAAUCCGGGUGGCGGAAGUGCAUUCCCCAAGUUGCUAGACCCUCUGGGUGGCGGUGCUCCCGGUGUCUACCUUCCAUCCUUCUCCACACUUCCUGCCUCUGACAUCUAUAAACGAGAUCCAGGUUCAAACAACAACAACAACAACAACAACAACAGCAACAACACAAAUAAGAUAUUAUCACAAUCAUCUCCACCUCCUUUAACACAGCAGUCACUCCAACAUAGUGGGGAUCAAUUGCCAAUGCCUGGCCCGGGCAUUGGUCAGCAGCAGCAGCAUCAUAUGUAUAUGGGAGCCACCAACAAUGCUGGCGCAUCAACAGCAUCUCACAACACACCACCUCCAUCACUUGCCGGACACCCUGGCUACAGUUUCCAAUCCACCAAUCUCUUCAACCCAUCAUUUGGUGAUGGCGCACCAACCAUGGACUCCUUCAACUAUGAAUCAUACCUCAACCUCAUAGCACUGUGUUGUAUCAAGUGUAGUGCAUUAUCAUAUAUAGAAUCAUCCAGGUUCUUUGAGAAUGGGAUGUAUGUUUUACCUGGACCAGAGGAUAAGAGCUAUGAGUACAAGUGCAAGGAUUGUAGUCAAGACAAUGGACUCUACUUUAAGCAUUCACCAAAGACCUGGAAGGAGAUGAUACACUCUGCAUUAUUCAACCUUGAAAGGGAGAAGAAGUAUAGAUUCGCACAUUACAGGGAGGUGAUCAGCUAUGUCAAUCGUUAUCCUCAAUUCCUGCUCUCAGAUAGGGACAAGGAGUUGGGAAAGAUGAAGAAUGUAGUGACAGCAACAUUAUCCUAUAAUAGGAAGUUGUUUGUAUCAUUUGCAAGGGAUUCUGGAAUGUGGUCUAAUUGGCGAGAGGGUGAUCGUGUAUUUGAGGACGACAGAGGUUUGCUCACUUGGAAGGAGAACACCUUUGAGAAUGAAUCCAAGAGAAAUGAGCCACACUUCUAUCGACUAGAGUGCAAGGCCUGCAUCAAGUCUACACACUUUGAUACAUCCGAGUUGGUUGGAUCUAUUGUAAUACCUGGACCAUUGGAUCAUCGUUAUGAGUUCAUUUGCCAUCAAUGCUCACCAAGUGGAAGACCAACACUUAUCCAUCAGAGCAAGUCUUGGAAGGAAGUGGCACACACUGCACUCUUCAAUCUGGAGAUGCAGAAGAAGUAUAGAUUCUCACAUCAGGUGGAGAUCGCGGCAUAUGUCAAAGACCAUCCCGAAGCAUUCUCAUUCAAUCGAGAGAUUGAUAAUAUCAAGAACCGAUUGAGCACGGUGCUGUCGCGUUACAAGAAGUCCUUCACUUCGAUUGGACGAUACACUGGUCUAUGGUCCAAUUGGAAAGAUGGCGAUGAGCAACUCAAGGACUUGAGUCUGGGCGAUGAGUCGGACGAUGAUGCACUCUCUCAAUCUGGCGACUCUGUAAUGUCCUCUCCUCCACAUAAUGGUGGCGGUGGCAGUGGCAAGGCACCAAUCAACAAGAAGCCAAACAACACAAACAACAAUAACAACAACAACAAACAACCUUCUGGCAUGACUACACCAAAGAGACGUCCAUCUGGUCAACAGGAAAAUGACAACUUUAUGACCUCGUCACCUGCUUCGCACUCCAAUCAGGCUACACCUAUUGCCAGUCGCCCAAGGGCCAUCACAUCGCCAACGACCAUCUGUCCACCAUUCCCCAGCUCACCAUCUGACUACAUGACAUCGCCACUGCUCGAAGGUCCGUCAUACCCCGUGCCCCCAAUGAGUAUUAGUAAUGGUCUCCUGCUCAACUCCCCUCGACUCUCACCCGACUCGUCCGCAUCGACCCCUCUGCUCAGCCACUCGCCCAAUCUAUUCUACAGCCAAUCGCCAAUAUUCCAUCAACUUGGCGGCAACAACAACCUUUAUGGAUUCAGCAUCCCAACAUCCAACUACAACAACAAUAAGCGUAUUGACAACAACAUCAACAAUAGUAUUAUACCAGAAUGUACUUUAUGUAGGAAGAACAAGCCUAUGAUGCUUAGAUGCCGCUUCUACUGCUCCAAGUCGUACUGCCACGACUGCCUGAUCGAGACCAACCCUGGCCAGCCUCUCCCAAAGACGGCCGGCGCCGCACAAGACUGGUGCUGUCCCAUGUGUUUGUCUAACGAUACUCACAGCGUUGGACCAGCAACAUUCACCAACACCAAUCUCUCCCCACCGCCCUACUACUCGGGCACAUUCACGACUCUAAUGACGUCGUCUGCUCCACAACAUCUACACCACCAACAACAACAGCAACAACAACAUCAACAUCAGUCGCCCAACAACAACAACAGCGCACCAUUUGUCUUGUACAGUGCUACUAGACAAGGACCAAACGCCACUACCAAACAGAGCCCUUCGCCAAAGCGUCCAGCUGAAAUGCAGCCAGAUGGUAACAAUGGCAAGGAUAAGAGAGUGCGUCCAUCCCCAUACGAGCAGCAAUGUUUCCAACAACAAGGAGCGGCGCCUCAACAACAACAAACACACAACAACAAUGGUGGUGGUGGGGAUGGCAAUGGAAUGCAUCCUGGAUACCUUUACAGCAAUCCAAACAUUAACAUUGGCACUGCACAGGCGCGACACCCCUUGGCCAUACCACCAUCCUUCAGUCCAUAUGGUCCCGUCUCCGGCAACUCCUACUUUAUGCAGCAGCAGCAGCAGCAACAGCAACAACAGUACCAGUUGCCGUUUCCCGGUGCGACGUCCAUGGGAAUGGGUAGCUAUGGAAUGAGUAGUCCAUCGCUGCCAUCGAUCCCACAGCAACUUGCUCCUCCAAUGAUGCAUCACCAUCACAAUAUGUUUGGUAACAUUAGGUCACUCUCGCCAGAGAUGUCCAAGUCUACCUCUUCAUCAUCUGAUGGUCAGCAUCAACUACCAGAGUCUGGUGGAGGUGGUAGUUUCAUCCUGGGCCACAACAACAACAACAAUGGAAACAACAACAACAACAACGGAAACAACAACAACAACAACAAGUUCUCUGUCUGCAUGGACACAUAA